CCAGAAUUGUGAGAGAAAGCAAGGAUCACGGUCACUGAUGAUGUUCUCGGGGAGGCCGUGAUGGCGAGCAACGUGGUCGAAGAAGAGUGUGGCGAUGUCUUUGGCACUGUGCAAGGUCGUGCAAGGGAUGAAGUGGGCACGUUUGGUCAAGCGGCAGACAAUGACAUAGAUGUAAUCAUGCCCGCGGUCGGUCUUGGGAAGGCCACACACGAAGUCCAUGGAGAUGGACUGCCACCGGUAUGCUUUGACGUCGGCAAGCAGGGAAGGCCAGUAGAAGUAGUGGGAGAUGGUGUCAAAGUUUUUCUGGAAACCGAGGUGUCCUGCAAUCUUGGCGUCGUGGUGCUCGACCAAGAGUUGAGUAUCGAGACCACGUGCAUCGGGGAUGCAAAGUCGGCGAGUGUCUUUGGUAUCGAUGUAGAGAAGGUUGUCGUGAAGGGAGUAGUCGGGGACUGGGUCAAGAUCGCGGAGCUUGUUGUAGAUGGUGGCGAAGUCUGGGCAAGAGAGGUAGCCUUGGCGGGCUUGGCGUGGAGUGAUAUCUUUCUUGGAGAGGAUGGAGGAGACGAUGGUGUUGUUAGUGCGGAUGGUGAAGUAUUGCCCAUCGAGGUACGGGCGCCAGACUGUGAGGGCGUGAAUCACGGCGAGGAGUUCCUUCUCGUUGGAGGGGUAAUUCAUCUGCACGGGAAGGAGCUUCUUGCUAGCGAAGGCGAUGGGGUAUUCGCCUGGUGGAGCCUCGGAGUGAGUGGGGGAGUUCUUGAUGGAGGGGGUGUCGGCGAUGUCACGAGGGAAAUGUUGGGACAGUACGGCUCCAAUGGCGAAGUCGGAGGCGUUAGUGGUGACAUAGAAGUGGCGAGUGGGGUCGGCGAUCUUGAGGACAGGGGUCGUAGUGAUGGUUUGCUUGACACGAAGCAGUGGGGGGCGUCUCAAGUGAUGAAGGUUGCGACGCCUCGGGGUCAUCCGAUGGAGAGGGUGUCACCGAGGAGGGGGGAGGCAGACGGAUUGUCGAUGCCAAAUGGGCCGUCGGUGCGACGGGGGAUGUCACCGGCGGGUGGAGGCAGACGGAUUGUCGAUGCCAAAUGGGCCGUCGGUGCGACGGGGGAUGUCACCGGCGGGUUGGCCGGCAGACGAGUUGUUGGGGGAGGUGAACUCGUCCGAGGAGGUGAUGGAGGUGGUGUCCUCGGAGGCGAUGUUGUGGAAGAAGCGAGGGCGGGAAGGGGCCGAUGUAGGUGCGGUCUUGUAGGGGGAGAGGAUGCGGUCGAGUUGGAGGGUACGAGUGAGGAGGUCGACGAGGGUCAUGGGGGGCUCGUGGACAAGGGCAGCUGCCAGGUCUUUGCGGCAAACGCGCUUAACGUGGGAGAUGAAAGCGAAAUCGCCGAUGACGUCAAAGGGGAUAUGUUGGCGAAGCGAGCGGACGUACUGCACAAAACGGUCGGUUGGUCCGGUUUGUUGGAGCCGACAGAAUUGGUCGAUAUACUCGUCGACCGUUUUCUGUGGGCGGAAGGUGGAGGUGAUGAGGGUGGCCCACUCGAGGAAGGUGUGAGGCCAGAGACCGACGUGAUGGCGAUUAGACAUUUCGGUGUACCACCAGCGAGCAGCGUUGUCCAGAAGUCGGCCGCCAGCGAUGGGGAGCCAGUGGAUGACGGGGAUGCCAUGAAGGGAGAAGGCUUGUUGGAGUUUGGUGAGAAAGAGGAGGGCAUCCUCAUGGGGUUGGCCCGGGAAGGGGUUGUCGUCUUGGGCGAGGGGGGAGGUGGAGCGACCAUGGUGGAAGUAGUGGUGGAUGAGGGUGGGGGUGUACAAGUGGACGGUGUUGGUGUGGAGGUUGAAGCGGAGGCUUGUCCGGAGGAGGGGGUGGGUUGGGGUGUGGAGGAGGGGGGUGUGAUCGUGGUGACGACCGUGAUGGAGGGGUUGUCCCCUUCGAGCACGGUGACGUGGUCGGAUAUGGACGACACGGUGGCCUUUAUGUCGUCCAGAGAGGUUUGGAAGGUGUUGAGUGCGUGGAGGAUGGCGGAGAGGUCAGAGGUGGCGGUGUUUGUUGGUGGUUGUUCGCCUGCGAGGUUGCGGGCGAUGCUAUCGACUGAGUCGGUGCGGAUGUCAGACAUGUUGAUGGAGGAUGCGGCCAUGUCAGGGGAAAAGGGAGUGGAGGACGCGACCGGAACGGAUGUGGAGGAUGCAGCAGCAGCGGUGGCGGCGGCAGCGGCGCGUUGGGAGUUCUUGGUGUUGCGUGGUGGCAUGUGGAGAUUCGCAGGAGGGGGAGGGGGGGGGGAGGAGUUUCUGAUUUUUUAAUCAAUAAAUAAAGAUAAUUGCCAAGGUUUUCCAAAGAAGAAAAAAAAUCCGAAUUUACAAAAUGUCAAAAAAGAAUUAAAUAAAUUUCAAGAAGGAGGAUUUUUUUUUUUUGAAAAAGGAAAAGAUAAAAGGAAUUUCGGGAUUUAUGUGGAGGCAGGGUGUGGGAAUUAAUUUAAUUCGGCAAAAAUGCCCGCAAAAAAUUAAUUCGAGAAAAUUAAAAUUUAAGAUGAAGAUUUUACGAAAAAAGGAAUGAAAUUAAUUGAAUUCU